UGAGAGCAGGGUGCGGGCGUUACACGUGUUCCCCGGCCCCCGCGGGCAGCCCUCUGCGGAGCAUGGAAGUGGACCUGAACGAGCGGCUGCGGCAGAACAACGACCGCUUUUUAACGGCCAUCAGCAGCAUUGUGGAGCGGUAUAAUCAACCUUUUGAAGAUGACUUGCUUAUUUCCAUGGAAACCCUCACCUAUGAAACAGUUGAUGGGCCAGUGCCAUUGGAGCAAUUGUCAACCAAGAAGAUUAAAAAAUGGAAGAGGACAGUAUUUAAGUGUAAAAGAAGAAUUAACAAGAAUGCAGAAAUGUCAAAGCAAGAACCUAGUAAUUUUGAAGAUGGACAUUCAACAGUACAACAGGAAUCUCCUGAGAUCUCUGCUAUGGAAACAUCUGACAUAGAUGAAGAAAAUGGUACCAUUGUGGCUGUUGCAAGGAGAAAAUAUGAAGGUGUUUACUCCCAGAAUCUGUAUGAACGUGAUGGGAAAAUUCCAGAGACAGUAAAAGUGGAUCCAAUAGUGCAAGAUCAUGCUAGAAGAAUUCCUGAGUGGAUGAUGAAUCCAUACGGACAUAAUGGGAAAACUCUAGAGAUGGUAAAAGUGGAUCCAAUAGUGCAAGAUCAUGCUAGAAGAAUUCCUGAGUGGAUGAUGGUAGCACCUCGAGCUUCAUCAAAAGAUCUUCCUUUAGCUUUGCCAGUACAAGAACUGAGUGACAACCAAGCUGCUGUUUGCAGAAGGAAAGAGUUGCCAAAUGAAUGUUCCUCAUCAAGAUCACUAGAGUCACAAUUCCCUAAUAUCCCCAUUUCACCAUAUACAUUAACCAUACCCAGACAUCCACCUUAUCCAGAGCUGCAUGAAACCUGCUGUGAUAGCAUCUUAGAAGAUGACCACUCUGGGGCUAAGGAAUGCUCCUGGAGCAAUCUAACUCUUGCAGACUUGUAUCCAGCAAUGGUAGAGAUCUUUAAGAGGCACAUGACAAAACACUCUCAGAAAAAAGUGUUAAAAUACAUGUUUGGGCACUUAAGAUGCAAAAAAUGGCACUCUAGAAGACUAAAGCUCAAAGUCAUUGUGGACAAAAGAGGAUUCAGACCUUUGAAGCAAGCACUGCCUAGUGUAUGCAGCUGCAGAAGUGAAGACAGCCAGAAUCAAACUUUGCAAAGUGAGGACAGAGAACUUUGUGGUUGCAACUGCUCCAUUAAUGAUUUCUCUGCUCUGGUACCUUGUUCUAGUAUUUGUACAAGUGGAGACAGAGAAGACUGCUGUGACUCAACUUUAGAACAGCAUUUGAUAUUUGGUAAAGGCCAAGAAGCCUCCAAACAGCCUUUUUGUCUUGAUAAUAUUGUUACAAUGGGAGAGACCUUUCCAGUUGAAGAUAAGUUGCAAGCUGCCUCACUAGAGAGUGCAAAAUGCAAACAAAGGGAAAACUUAGCUUACAAAUGUUCCUCAGAAUGCAGUUUCAUAGCAUCUGCUGCCAGUUCAGGGUCAACAGUGGUGCAUUUGGUGAACAAGAUUAACACUCAACCUGACUUGCCUUGUAGGGAUACCUCAGAGCUGUCUUCAUCCCCUUACAGUUGCUAUGGCAAUCGCAACACUUCUACAUGUUUCACAAACUGCUAUCUUACAAGAACAUCAAACACUUUGCUCAUAAAUCCUGAAAAAGUCAUUUCUAACAGAAAAAAAUCCUUUCCCUCAUUGUCUAUGAAGCAGAGACCUUCAGAGACAGCCCAGAAAUAUGAAGAUGCAUUUGAAAAGCUCUACUAUGAACUCUGUUCCAAAGAAAUCCCAAAACCUUUGAUGUUGACAAGACCUCAUUCAAAUUCAGAGAACCUUGAAGAGAAAGGAAGAUUGGUGAAGAGCAAUUUCAGUGUUUCUAGGAAGUCUGCCACACAGUUUGAUAUAGCAUUUGACAGGAUCUAUGAGCAGUUGUGUAGCGAGCCUAUCCCAAAACUGCCUGGGCUGCAGAGAUUUUUGACUGCAAGUGGAUAUGAAGGAAUACAGGUGUCUGAAACUGUAAGUGCUCUUGUUAACUCACCUGUUCGAGCUUCCUCUCAGCUCUUUGGAGUUAAAAGACAAAGGAACUUUGAGUCUUACCUUGCCUUACCAGUGAAGCGAUUAAGGGAUGUACCAGAAUGUUUUUUCCCUUCCCCAAAACGUCAGCAGGCUUCUCACGGAGGAAACAAUGACAUGAGAACAGUUUGCAUGGAUUUACUGAGCACAGACAACAGCAGCAAGCCCAUCUCUUCUGCCAGUCACACUUGUCAGAGCCAGCACUCUGCAUUUCAGGUUCCUUCAGACAGAAUUCCUCUUUGUCUUCCUGGUCCUUCCACGCAAGAAUCUGGGAUUUCAGGUGCCCACUGUGGUUGGCCUAAAGCAAAGAAGUAUUAACAACUCUCCCAAAAGUUCAGAAAAGGUUCACUUAAGAGUAUCCAGACAACGAAUCUACAUGGAUGGAGAAGACCAAAAUCCUAGCAAACCCUUGGAUAACUUCUGGACUGGAAGCAUUUAUGGGCUUCCUCUAAUAUAAAUAUUAAAAGAAUUGGCCCAUCCUUUCUAACAGGGCACUUCUUUGUGAGGUAUUGCAGGGCAUUUGGCUUCCUUUCCUGAGUCGUUGUACUUAACAGUGUUUAUAAUCAGAAAAUCUUAACCUCUAUUUUCUCUUUUUAAGCUUUUAUUUUUAAGCUUUGGGCAAUCAGUAACAAGCUGCUCUGUUCAAUUCCUGCCUUUUCAAACCAUAUAGCUAUAUUGCUCCUGAACAAAAAAGAGAAGGAAACUGGGCUGCUUGAUCCAAAGGUAGUAUUGUUGCAAUGUGCCUGCAGCGUUGUUGUAACGCGAAAUAAUUCCAAUCGAUUCCCUAAAGUUGAUUGUUCAAUAAAGUUUUACAGUUUUUAGUAGCUUGGCUCCAUAUAUAUCUAUAUUCUGUGGCCUGAGAUAAUUCUAUCUGAAAAGAAAAGUUAUGUGUUAUAAAUAAAAACCUGUUUUGAACAA